AUGGCAACGUUGUCUAUUCAUAAUGAAAAUGUUGAUGCUAGUGGUGACACUGUAGAAUGCAAGAAGCCCAAAAUGGAUGAUCAAGAAGAGCGUCUCACAGUUCGUUUUGUGAAGCUGAACCCUGACGCACAGACUCCAGUGUACGGCUCUGCUGCUGCUGCUGGCGCUGAUUUACACAGUGCGGAAGAUUGCGUAGUUCCCGCUCAUGGUAAGUUGUGUGUCUCGACCGGACUUCAACUUGAACUUCCAUUCGGAUACUACGGUCGAGUUGCACCUCGUUCUGGUCUUGCAUCAAAGAAUUUCAUCGAUGUUGGCGCCGGAGUUGUCGACAGUGACUAUCGGGGUGAACUGAAGGUGCUGUUGUUCAAUUUUGGAUCGACUGAUUUCCAGGUUAAAAAAGGUGAUCGAAUCGCUCAAAUCAUCUGUGAGCGCAUCGGCCACUGCACCUUCACUGAGUGUGAGUCGCUCACUGACACUAAGAGAGGCGCUGGUGGUUUCGGGUCUACUGGAAAGUACGAAACUUCCUAUCCCACCAAACUGUUCCUCUCAACGCCGAUAUGGCCUACGUACCCGCUGGCGCGCUCUGUGAAUUUGUUGACUCACUGGGACUCCUUAGCUGCCAUAAAAUUGUUGCAAAAUUUUGGAAGGAAAAUGGUUGCGAACUCUUCGAAAAAAGAAGAGAAAUCUUCUUUGUCAAAACGCUCUGGAGGCAACGUUUUAUUCAAGUCUAAAUCAAACGUGAAGGAGAGCGAAAGGAUCGCAAGAAUGAAAGCUGCGCGGGAAAUGUAUAGCAAAUUAUCAAAGGAAAGAUCUCUGAAGCAUCCAGAUGUGAGCUCAAAACCUGGAGCUAAGAAACAUCCUGAAACAAUUGGCAAUAACGAUAAGGAAAAUGAGCCACUCAGCACCGAGAAUACGUCAAGCCCCUCGAGAGCUUUUGUAUUCAAACCAAUGGCAUCCUCGAUGGACAUGAUUCGCAAUAAUCGGAUUCGUGUUCCUAAUACUCGUCGAGCAAGUUCUAUAGCCGGGGGAAGACUACUAGGUCCAAGACCUAGCCUCCUUCCUCUUGGGAUCAAUGUUUUCGACACAAACGUGAGUAUUACUGACAAACAGAAGGUUCGUGAUUUCGUGGCAGGCCGUCUCAAUACUGGAACUACACCGAAAAAAACUGCUUCAUGUUCUUUUGAUUUUGAUCCUCAGUCAGAGCAACUUUCCGCUCGUGGUUCAAGAUCAGUCCGUUUUCGCGUGGAAGCAACAAUUACUGAACAGAGAGAAUCAGGAAGCGAUGAGAUGCUAAGAGCGGAUUUACAACACGAGUCGAUCCCGUGUCAACCACGUACAGACCAGUCCAUUCCGGUUCCACAGUCUAUUUUAAAAAGCAAAAACAAGAGACCUAUAUUCCGGAAACCAUCACCUCCUGUAACGCCGAUAAGCGGUUCGGCUGCAUCCCCAGCCACGAAUCGUAGAGGGAGUUUGCGUAAGCGGAGCGGUCCCGUUACAGAUCCACAUUCGACUCGGUUCCAGCUAUCGUUCGCAUCUACAACUAGUGACGAAUCGAGUUCCGUUCCCGUAGUUUCAGAAGCUCGAGCUACCGGUGAACAACAAGAGAAUAACUUCUCGAAAGCUUACACUGCUCUUUUCAACAUGAAAUAUGAGCAAUGGAAGGAAGUGGAGCCUAUAAUGCUUGAUGAGUUGAUUGAAAUGCUAGAAGAUACCAGGCAAAGAAUCCAGAAUGAUGCAGCUUUGAUGCCAUGUGAUUCCUCGCUAUCACUUAUUUCACUACCUGAUGAAGUAGUUCCUCACAAGACGCAGAAAAAAGGAUUUCGCAGAGUCACUCCCAGAGGAAAUCCUCCCAGCACUGAUCUACAAGCCAAUCAGGAAGUCAUGCUCAUAAAUGAAUCUGCACAACGGCUAGGAAUUGCAUCACCCGCUCGAUCAGUGCGCUCUUCACAGCGCUUACGUCUGAAGGAUCCUGUAUCAUCUGCGUUAGGUGGCGACUCACCGUUCUACCCCAUUAGUUCGCCUUUCUUCUAA